CUUUCCACAGAAAGCUGACUGAUAUUUGAAGAAGUGUUUUCAUUUAUCCAAGAAAAGUAUGAUGUCUCUGUGGAAAACCUUAUUCUUGUUAUUAAAUGUACAUAUUUUUAUUUGUGGAGAAGCUGUACAAGGUAACUGUGUACAUCGUUCUACGGUUUCACCAGUAGCUAACAUUGUAGAAGAUGUAUCUAAUGCCAAAGACGAAGGUAAAAGUAAUGACACGGCUGAUAAGGAAGACUGUGAAAUAGCAUGUGAUGUUCAAACUAAAAUUACACGAGAAGAAAAACAAUUCAUGUGUAGAAAUUUGCAAAAUUCUAUUGUUUCCUACACACGAAGUACCAAAAAACUACUAAGAAACAUGAUGGAUGAACAACAAGCUUCCUUGGAUUAUUUAUCUAAUCAGGUUAAUGAGCUCAUGAAUCGAGUUCUCCUUUUGACUUCAGAAGUUUUUAGAAAACAGCUGGAUCCCUUUCCCCACAGACCAGUUCAGUCCCAUGGUUUAGAUUGCACUGAUAUUAAAGAUACCAUUGGCUCUGUCACCAAAACACCAAGUGGUUUAUAUAUAAUCCACCCAGAAGGAUCUAGUUACCCAUUUGAGGUGAUGUGUGACAUGGAUUACAGAGGAGGCGGAUGGACUGUGAUACAGAAAAGGAUUGAUGGGAUAAUUGAUUUCCAAAGGUUGUGGUGUGAUUAUCUGGAUGGAUUUGGCGACCUUUUAGGAGAAUUUUGGCUAGGACUAAAAAAGAUUUUUUACAUUGUAAAUCAGAAAAAUACCAGUUUUAUGCUGUACGUGGUUUUGAAAUCUGAAGAUGACACAUUCGCUUAUGCAUCAUAUGAUAAUUUUUGGCUAGAGGAUGAAACAAGAUUUUUUAAAAUGCACUUAGGACGGUAUUCAGGAAAUGCUGGUGAUGCAUUCCGGGGCCUCAGAAAAGAAGAUAAUCAAAAUGCAAUGCCUUUCAGCACAUCAGACGUUGACAAUGAUGGGUGUCAUCCUGCAUGCCUGGUCAGUGGUCGCUCUGUGAAGAGCUGCAGUCACCUCAGUAACAACACUGGCUGGUGGUUCAACCAGUGUGGCCUAGCAAAUCUAAAUGGCAUUCAUCACGUCCCUGGAAAAUUGUUUGCAACUGGAAUUCAGUGGGGCACGUGGACCAAAAACAACUUACCUGUCAAGAUUAAAUCCGUUUCAAUGAAAAUUAGAAGAGUUUAUAACCCGUAUUUUAAAUAAUCUCAUUUUAAAUUGCAAUGCAAGUUCCACAAUUAUUUUUGAUAAUAUAUUGAAGAUUUUAUAUAGUUUCUCUUUCUACUUUAGUGUUUCAAAGAUAUUAGCCAAACUUUAACUAUAGAUGGCAUUUAGAUGUUCCAGGUUUAAUUAGAAAACCUCGAUUUUGUACCAUUUUUAUUGUACGUUAAUUUUGUUAACUAUAUAUAAUAAAAUUUAUCUUAAGUGAA